UAACCAUAUCUUAUCUAAUAUCUAUAUCAUCAUCACAUAAAAUUAAUAUCUUAAUAAAGUUGAGAAAGAAGAAGAAACACAAAAAGUGAGAGAGAUAUAUCAUCAGAAAUGGAUGCAAUGCAAUUCGCUCUUCCAGUUUUGGGCAUUGUUGCAGCUGCAGUAGUGACCUUCUAUGCAGUGAGUUUCAAUGAGAUUAGAGAGAAAUCACUUCAAGAUUGGGAUGAUUCUGAAUCAGACAAUGGAGGUUUUAGACCAACAUCCAGCUCCCGAGAGAGAAGAGCCAGAAGACAAGCUAGUAAAAAUACCAAAAAAUGACUACAACAAGAACGAGAAUUACUCUAUUUAAAUGUUAUGUUGUCUUUCAUUUCUUUAGUUUUAUGUUUGAUUUUAUACUACAUGUUGUCUUUCAUUUUGUACUAGGUUGAGUGACCUUUUCAAUAGUUUUUUUUUUUGGUGUUCGUUGAAUAGUGCUCGUGUUCCAUUUUCUAUCCAAAAAAAAUGUAGAAAGUUGUGUAUCAAAUAUGAGUUAGAAGUCACACAUUUUGUGUUUUCCGCUGAGUCGAUGAUUAGUCUGACAACAAGUUGCUCGUCCAAAGACCAAAAUAGUUGCAUGUUCAUUUUUACAUCUCAUCCUUAAA